GAUCCCAAUCAGCGGUCGGUAACGGGCCGGGCUGCAGUCGGUUCAUUAGAGCGUUAAGGGCAGAGCCGACAUUAACCAAGGCUGCACACUCUUCCAGCGGGCUUUAAGAGCGCGAUAGUGGUUACAUAAGUGCAUCGCUGCCAGAAAUAGAGAGCCAUUGGGAGGGCACAACUCUACGAGGUAAUUAUUCGCAAUACAUAUAAAUUCAAUUUCACAACACGAUGUCUCGUGGUGCCGUGAUGUUGGCAGCUUUGCUGUUUCUGUAUUGUGGCCUACAGGAAGGCCAAUGCGCAAGGAUCCUAGCCCUGCUGAAUCUCGCGUCUCCGAGCCAUUACAUCUUCAACAGAGCGCUGCUCAUUGCUCUCGCUAACAAAGGCCACCAGGUGACGGUUGUAACUACAGAAGUUGAAAAACACCCUGUGCCCAAUAUGAAGACUAUUGUCAUGGACGGCAUCUACGAUACCAGCAUAGAGUAUAGAGAUCCAGUGUCCCUGACCGAAACGUCCGCUGUAGAGAUGACCUUCAUUACCUACGACUGGGGACAUUACAUGUGCGAAAAACAGCUUCAGUCUGCGGGGGCACAAGAACUGCUCAACUAUUCAUCAUCUGAAAAAUUCGAACUCAUUAUCACAGAGGCAGGCUGGGGGGAAUGUUUCUUUGGAUUCAUACACAAAUUUGGGUCGCCACCCGUUGUAGCAACUUCAGGAAUUGGAGUACCUCCUUGGAUAAGCCUCACAACUGGAAACCCAGAAAAUCCCUCGUACAUGCCGAAUUUCCUGCUUCCUUAUACAAGUCGCAUGAGUUUCUCUGAAAGAAUCUGCAAUUUCUUGACCCACAUUUUCGUGACGUUUCUGUACGAGUACAGCUACAUACCCAGACAAGAAGCCUUGGCAAGGAAGUAUUUCAAACAGGAUCUUCCUCCCUUUAUGGACAUAUGGAGGAACUUCAGUAUCGUUCUGGUGAACACCCUCGCUGGGCUGGACGAUCCGCGCCCGCUGUUGCCCAGUGUGGUUCCCAUUGGUGGGAUGCACAUCAAACCACAGCCUGAUCCCCUGCCGCAGGACCUGAAGACAUUCCUAGAUGAGGCAAAGGAUGGAUUCAUCUUCUUCAGCCUGGGUACCAAUCUGCGGAGUAACAAGAUGGCGCUAGACAAGCGACAGGCGUUCCUCGAGGCGUUCUCUGAACUGUCCCAGAGCGUACUAUGGAAAUUCGAGUCGGGCAUUCUGCCAGGAAAGCCGCCCAACUUAAAGAUAGGAAAAUGGCUGCCUCAAAGCGAUAUUCUAGCGCACCCGAACAUCCGGAUGUUCAUCACACAUUGUGGGAUGAUGAGUAGCGUGGAAGCCGCAUAUAGGGGAGUCCCCAUUGUGGGAAUCCCCUUCUUCUUGGAUCAGAAAGUCAACGCCAUGAAGUUUGUCAAGAGAGGGCUCGGAGUACAGCUCCAUUACGACAAGUUAACAAAGGAAAGCGUCCUCACAGCUGUGCGGGAAAUUCUGAACAAUGACAGUUACCGAACCAACAUGAGGAGGCUGUCCGCAGUGUUCAGGGAUCAGCCCCAGACGCCCCUUGACCGCGCAGUGUACUGGACGGAGUACGUCAUCAGACACAAGGGAGCUCCUCAUCUCAGAUCUGCAGCUGCUGAUCUCUCCUGGUACCAGUACCUGCUGCUUGAUGUGAUACUGGUCCUCUCCACUGGCGCGCUGCUAGUCGUGCUUAUCAGCUAUCUAGCACUCAGGACACUGUACAGGAUACUAACCAGGAAACCUACCAAAAAGGAAAAAACCAAAUGAUGAAACGUUAUUUAAUGACGAAAUUUCUUAUAACACGUAGGAUUUGAGAUUCUCAGAGCUGUGGUUAUGAAGGGCUGCAUCUUCUGGGGUACAACGCCAUGUAGUCUGUCGACAGUCAAACCGACGUUUCGGAGGAACAUGUCGCCUUCUUUUUCACGAUUCAAUAGUAAGCGAAUCAAGAAACUCUUUCACGCUAGUUUCUUGCUUAACUUGCUUUCCAACUAUGAAGACAGAGGCAACAAGUUCUUACGAAACGUCGGUCGAUUAUCAAUGGAAUGGACGGUAUUAUAUCCAAUAAUGUAGAAUUACUAUUGAGGUAAGUUUCUACACACACACACACACAUCAUAUUCAUCACUUUGGGUGCUAUUUGGGUUCGUACUGCAGUCGGGCUCACACAUUAACAAACAUGCGUUCACUGUUUUAUGAAUAAUGGUGUCUCGAAGAGGACAUACGCAACCGGAAACAUGUCACCAGAUCAAUAAUUUCUUUUUAGUUUAAAAUAUUUAAGGCUGAUAAACAUACUAGAAUUAAUACUCUCUAAAACUUUAGUAUGUUAAUAAAAUGAUUGAAUUUUGGGGCAUUA